AUGAUCGUGGUCGUGGCCAAAGCCGCAGCUCAUCUAGUCCAGCCAUCCGAAUGGCAGGGACAGGCCAGACAGACAUCCUUGAACGCCAGCAACCACAGCCUCUACAACAACCGCUCUUCAAGCAACAGAGUGACAACUCAACCCUCAGCCCACGCUCGACCAACCCCCGAACAAUCCCGGGCAGACCAAGUUCGAAACUCCGCCCUGAUCAUAGCAACCUCCGAAUCCCAAACCACCACCAACCCUGAGACCCUCGCCUGGGCGCACCUCGCCUCCGUAUCAUCCCCAUCUCCAUCCCAUUACCACAUUCAAAAUCCCAUGGACCCAGACGCAAUGGACAUCGACACGCCCCAGAACCACCAGCAAGCCACCCAGUCCCUGUAUCAGGUAGCAAGCGCAGGCAUCUCAGUCCCACGCGGCUACAUCGGUAACGACCAAGUCUUCCGGCACACAUUCCAGAUCCAAAUCCGUAGCCCGGUUCAGGGACACCUGUCAGACCUGGAGAUUCUGCGAACGGCACGCGCGCGCAUUCGCAGCAACCCCCAAGCUUCUGUCCCGCCUUCUUAUGCUGCGCGGGCUGUGGGGCGGACUCUGGUGCUGAGGAUUAUUAUUGAUUCUCUUUCGAUAAGUCGACAUGAUGCGCUUGUUCUUGUGGAUUGGAGGUUGCAUUUUAUGAUUGAGAUGAUUGAGGACCGGGAGGGGCAGGGUCUAGGGUGGUUUUGUGGUUUGCCGUGGGUGAGUGAUCAUUUUCAGGUGAGGUUGGUUGUUCUUUAG